CCAAGUCACAAUUUUCAUUGAGAAGAGGUAGAAGGUAUGGUGGCUAUAUUGGGAACUACAGCCAUGGGAAUCAAUUGGCCAGCCAACGACAAUAUUAAACCUAACAUGGAGGAAGAGGCAAUAUGUGAUGGAGGUGAGGUUGUUAUGAUUGGAGACACAGGAGGAGCGGUCGUUGAGGCGGAUUGGAUUGAAGGCAACAUCAUUGGUGUGGGAUUGCCCUACUUCUUGGGGGUUGAGGGCAAAUCAUAUGGUUUCUAAGAACUAAGUUUAGUUUCUUUAACAAUAGGGCCAAGAGACUUGCUUUUCUUUUUAGAAGGCUUGGAUUUUUGUUUAACGAAUGCGGUAGACAUGACUGGAGGAGGAAUGGGUACUUGUGCAAUGGGUUGGUCUAAGGUAACUUGGGCUAAAGCUGGCAAAAGUUCACUUGGGUCUGGGGAGUUGCCGGAGUCCAUAAGAAAAACAACAUUUUUUG